AGAAACAUUAAGGACCUAAAUGAUGAACGAAAUCAGCAUUGUUUCACUCAGUCAACUCCUCAACAACAUCCAUCUAUCGCAAUCCCACAUCGACGAAGCUGCCAGAUUCUACAUUAGACACAGCAAUGAUCAGAAGUCUCAGCAAUCUUUAUGUGAAGAGUGGUGCAAUCACUUCCAUUUCGCAAAAGGAAAUGUGGAUGGAGAUAAAGUAAUCAUCUCAUUACUUCACAUGGCCCAAAGAGUCAUUGAAUCUGUCAUUAGAUUUGAGGGAGCAUAUGCUACGAUGAGGGAUGCUUUCAAGAAACAAAUUAUCAAGGCUUUCACAUUACUGAAGGACCACAAUUCCUCGUAGGAUUUGAAAUAAUAAAUCAAAGAUCUUCUUAAACAGUGGGAGGAAAAACAGAUCUUCUCCAAAUCAGACAUUUCCAUUAUGGUCGAAACCAUUGAUCCAAAUAGAGUUAGCAAAGACAAAAUCAAAACUCAAUUUGCGCCACCUCAUUAUUUGAUCAACUAUGCCAAAAAUUAUAAGGAUUUACAAAUUCGAUUACAAAAGAUGCAGGAGUAUGAGACCAAACUGGAUGAUCUAAUUAAUAAUGGAGCCCAAGAUAAAGUCAAUCUCUAUGAUCAGCAAUUGGAACAAUAUACCAAGUCUGUUGAAAGUGUUUAAAAGUAUAGACAGCUAGUGAUCAAAGACAUCAUUGAUGAAUUGAAGGAACUAGACAAAAUACACUCCAAAAGCAUCAUCGAUUUGAAAUACAUUGCAUAAAGAGUAAAUAAUUUGAAGGCAAAGAAAGAAAAAAGAAUUUAAAAUGAAUAUUAUAAUGAUUAAUGA